ACCAGAGGGUUUGAACCACACAGCAGUGCUCCACGGCUCUAACAACCGGCAGUAGGCUGUGUUAGGCUAUUCUGUUUACGUCCAAAGGGAAAGCAGGCUACAGGAGCUAUAGCUGUUGUCUGGAGAUCUACUCAUUCACUGUUAAAACUACUUUUCAGAUGGAAAACCACGCAAUAUCAGAUGAUCAAAUCUUACACAGAGGAGAAGUCAUUUUGAACGGUUUCAUACAGGAGGAGUUGAAGUCCUGUGAAAGUGAGGUGACACUGUUUGAGCAGCCUGGAAUAAGGGAAGAAGAGGAGGAGGAAUCCAGACUUUUACAGGAAAUCGCCCUUCAAGUCCGAAGAACUGCUCAGGCUCUGCAGCGGGACACAGAACUCAACCAUGCAAUAGACAGCAAGUGGCCAUUAUCCAGCAAAGAUAGCUACUGGAAGUUGGUGAAUAAAGUAUUUGAAGAUGGUGUUAUUUCCUGGGAGAGGAUUGUUGUACUUUUCUACAUAGCAGGAAAAAUCUCUGUGAAGCUCGCAAGUGCCCAUCUCCCACAGCGUGUACGGGAUAUCGUCUCCUGGACUCUUGACUUCUUCAGGAGGAACUUGUUGGACUGGAUCCGUGAACAGGGAGGCUGGGAGAGCAUCAUCGCCUGUCUCAGCACUCCUUUUUCUCAGAUGGCGGCUGUCUUUCUCAGUGGAAUUCUGCUGGGAGGCUUUGUUGUGUGGAGAAUGAAAAGAAAUAAUUAAAGUUCCUAGACUGUUUGACAGAUCUACAAAGACGGACUUACAGAUCCACAGAGAGAUGUACUGUUACUGUACAUGUCUCACACUGUACAAAUUGCCUACCAAAAGAAUUCUGUACAGAUCUAUGUGUAGACACAAACGGAGAUUGUGAGAAGUAAGCACCUGGACAUAAUAUGCACUUUGUCAUAAACACCUUUAUGUUGGAUGGAACCAUUUACACUGCAUGGCCAAAAGUAUGUGGACACCUGACAUCCAAAAUCCCAUUCAAAAUUCUGGGCAUUAAUGUGGAGUUGGUCCACACUUUGUGUCUGGGGAGGCUUUAUAAUAGACAUUGGAGCAUUACUGCAGGGAUUUGUUUUCAUUCAGCCAGAAGAGAAAUAGUGUGGCCGAGCAUGAUUAGACUGCAUGAUUAGACCUGGCUCACAGUUGGCUUUCCACCUGAUCCCAGAGGUGUUGGAUGGGGUUCAGGUCAGGGCUGUGUGCAGGCCAGUCAAGUUCUACCACACCAUUCCCAACAAAACCAUUUCUGCAUGGACCUCACUGUGCUCGGGGGCAUUGUUAUGCAAUGUCAGGGCUCUGUGUAGGCCAGUCAAGUUCUUGCACUCCGUUCUUGACAAACCAUUUCUAUAAGGACCUGGCUGUGUGCCGGGGGCUUAAUGCUGUAGCAUUACGAUUUGCCUUCACUGGAACUAAGGGGCCUAGCCCAAACCAUGAAAAACAGCCCCAGACCAAGUGUCCAGAUACUUUUGGUCAUAGUGUAUUCUUGUUUCUCUAAAAUUGUACUUGUUUUUAUCAUCAAAUGUUUACAGACCAUUAGAGAGUAAAUUUUUACUUCAAAGCAUUUGUGCACAUGUAAAAACAUUAUGUCCCAGAAAUUAAAUCAAAAGUUUUUAUAAAACCUG